AUGGCCGGUCCGGGUGAAACCGCCGAACUCUACGGUCGCGUGAAAGCCGCCACGGACAAGUUUUUCGUCACUCUGCGCGAAGCCAGGAAUCUUGAGACCCAAGGCAAAACGAAUCUGGCUUUGCUGGAGUACGAACAGUGUCUGAACAUCAUCGACAAUGUCUUCUCGGUUCCACUGACUCAUCCGACCGACCUGAGUCUUGAAUGGACAGAGGUUGACAACAUACUACAGUACUUGAAAACUGAAAAAAAAGAGAUUUUAAACCGUAUCGUUGAGCUGCAAAGGGAUAGUGGUUCUAACAUGGCCGUUGACUGCCGGCCAAUGCAAAGUCCUCCAUCAUAUCAGGAAGCCACACGGUCAGAUGAAGAACAAUCUUAUAUUUCAGAACCUCCAGUUUCAUACAACCAGUUAUCAGCAAUGCUCAAUGAUUUACGUGUCGACAUCGAACAGAGUUCAAUGGCAAUCCUAUUAGUUAGCUGUGAUAAUUCACAAGUAUUUUUCAUUGCUGCUGAUGGUCAAGUAACAUCACCAUCAGAGAAAUCAAAUGUUAAAAUUUUUAUGCUCGAAGGUACAAAUGCAGAAAGCACACGGCGAUAUUUCCUUUGUAUUGAGGAUAUUUACUAUCCACUUAUCGCCAAUGGUUCACCAUGUCUACGAACAGAGUUUGGGGCAUUCUUAUUUCCUGAUAUUGAAAAUAGAGACUCUGCUAUUGGUGUGUUAGUCCUUCCAGAACAUUUGGAACUUUUUACAGAUGUAUUAGAAGAUAUACUUAAAAAAUCAUUGAGAAAAGAGUCUGGAAAGGCCCGAGAAAGAGGUCACAACAUCUCAGCACACAUUGUUAAGGGAGCUACUUUUCUAUCAAACGGAUUAGUGAAAGGGGCUGAAAAAACAACAAAUUUCAUGAACAACUCUACUCCUGGUUUACUCAAUUAUAUUAAACCUUCUCAAAGUGAUACAAAUGUCUGCUCUCCCAUGAAAAAAGGUGUUAAAGUUGCUAAAAAUGUGACGGGUACGGCUGCAGAUGUAACAUGUUAUGUCGCUGGAAAAAUAGGUACAGCGUCAUGUGUCGUUGGAAAAUUCCUUGCACCACAUGUUCAUAAAGGUGGAACUAAGAUUUUGACGGGUGUUACUAAUAUGGACAAAAAUGAAGCUUCCCAGAAAAUGACAAAUGUAUUUGAUAUAGCGGCAGGUGCAAUUGAAGGUUUUAGCAUUGUCUAUGAUGGACUUGAAAAAUCUGGGAUAAUGCUGGGUAACAGUAUUUCAAAUAAUACUGUUCUUAUAGUUCAUCACAAAUUUGGCAAUAACGUUAGUGAAGUGACUCAGGACACAUUUGACACAGUUGGCCAUGGGUUACGAUUCACUAGAAGUGUAAAGGAGUUAGGUCCUAAAAAUAUUGUAAAAUCUACUGUUAAAGAAACUGGACGUGCCAUGAUGGUACCAGAAAAUGAUUAG